CUUAAAUGUCCUUUUAGUUUAGGAAUGAUGGAAGGGGUAUCUGGCUACCACAGCUUCUGUCUCUGGUCUGGUUGAUGAUUGUUGGGAGCUGGGAGGAGCAGCUCUCCCUUUAACAACAAGCUGAUAAAAUUAAAGCUGCCGGUGUCAAGAUGGCUUCGAACCCUCCUGGGCAAGGCUUUCAGAAUAAAAACAGGGUUGCAAUUUUGGCUGAGCUAGACAAGGAGAAGAGAAAGCUGCUGAUGCAAAACCAGUCUUCCACAAAUCACCCCGGGGCCAGAGUUCUGCAGCCACUCUACCAAACAUAUGAACUCCCCAUCAUGAAGACUAUGGACCCCUGCCUCUCGCUCGCUAGGUCCUCCCUUAACAAGGAUUUCCGUGAUCACGCCGAGCAACAGCACAUAGCAGCGCAGCAGAAGGCUGCCUUGCAGCACGCUCACGCACAUUCUUCAGGAUACUUCAUCACCCAGGACUCUGCAUUUGGAAAUCUUAUUCUACCUGUAUUACCACGGCUGGAUUUAGAGUGAGAACUUGAUUUAGUGUCCUUCCAAUGAAAGCCAUUGAGGUAGCAUCGUGCAGCUUCGGUUCCCCUUCCCAAGCCAUCGGUAGUGAUUUGUGAAAAUAGCAGAGGACUCGAAACUGGACUUAUUUUUCUUUACAUUCUGCCUUUGUAAAAGUUUUCAUUUUGGAGCCGGACUUUUAAUUGGGGAAGGUGAAGAUUAAACUAUUUUACGAGUUCUAAACUA